AUGACCGCCGCUUCCAUACUGGCCUUGCUGGCGGCCUUUGCGCCUGCCCUGGCACAGGACAAUUCUACAUAUGUUGACUACAACACUGAUCCCGAGCCAGGUCUAUACGCCGACUCCAUGAAUGUCGUCGACUGGGCAUUCCCCGACUGUUCCAAUGGCCCUCUCAAGGAUACAGUGGUGUGUGACAAGUCUGCGCGGCCUCACGAUCGGGCCGCUGCUCUAGUUGCCAUGUUCACAUUCGAAGAACUCGUCAACAGCACCGGAAACCUCAUCCCGGCCAUCCCACGUUUGGGACUUCCGCCGUACCAGGUGUGGAGUGAAGCUCUCCACGGCCUGGACCGCGCCAACUGGACCGAGUCCGGGGAUUUCAGCUGGUCGACUUCGUUCCCAUCCCCAAUCUUGACAAUGGCCUCCUUGAACCGCUCUUUGGUUCACCAGAUCGGUGAUAUCAUUUCUACUCAAGGAAGGGCAUUCAACAACUACGGCCGCUACGGUCUGGAUGUUUACUCGCCCAAUAUCAACUCCUUCCGCCACCCUGUAUGGGGUCGUGGACAGGAAACUCCUGGCGAGGAUGCGAACAUCCUGUGCUCUGCUUAUGCUUAUGAAUAUAUCACCGGUGUUCAAGGAGGAGUGGAUCCAUACCCCUUGAAGCUGGUCGCCAACGCGAAGCAUUUCGUUGGUUACGAUAUUGAGAACUGGAACAACCACUCCAGACUGGGCAAUGAUAUGAUCAUCACUCAGCAGGAUCUGUCGGAGUACUACUCGCCUCAGUUCAAGGCGGCUGUGUCGGACGCAAGAGUUCACAGUGUCAUGUCUUCUUAUAAUGCUGUCAAUGGUGUGCCUUCAUCAGCCAACACCUUCCUGCUCCAGACCCUGCUGCGUGAUACCUGGAACUUCGUCGAGGAUGGCUAUGUUUCCUCGGACUGCGAUGCUGUGUACAACGUAUUCAACCCCCAUGGCUAUGCCUCCGACACCGAGCUCGCAGCGGCAAAGAGUAUGUUAGCUGGCACGGACGUUGAUUGCGGGUUCACCUACCAGCUCUACCUGAACGGCUCUUUCACCAAGGGCCAGAUCUCUCGCAGUGAAAUCGAACGUGGUGUUAUUCGUCUGUACUCCAAUCUCGCUAGUACAGGAUACUUCGAUGGAGAAGACAGCAAAUACCGCGAUCUCGACUGGUCUGACGUCGUUGCCACUGAUGCGCUAAACGUCUCUUACCAAGCUGCUGUGGAAGGCAUCGUUCUUUUGAAGAACGAUGGUAUCCUCCCAUUGUCCAAGAACACCAGUAGUGUGGCUUUGAUUGGCCCUUGGGCAAAUGCCACACGACAGCUGAAGGGCAACUACCUUCCCUUUGGAAACUCGCCAUACCUGACCAGCCCGCUUAUUGCCUUUGAAAACUCCGAUCUUGACGUUAACUAUGCCUUUGGAACCAACAUCACUUCGGAUUCAACAGAUGACUUUAAUGCUGCCAUCGAGGCUGCAAAGAAGUCCGAUAUCAUUGUCUUUGCCGGCGGCAUUGACAACUCAGUUGAACAAGAAGGAAUGGACAGACAGGAGAUCACAUGGCCUGGAAACCAACUUGAUCUGAUCAAGAAGCUUAGCCAAGUCGGAAAGCCUUUGAUCGUCCUCCAAAUGGGUGGUGGUCAAGUCGACUCUUCCGCCCUGAAAGCAAGCAAGAACGUCAACGCCAUCGUCUGGGGCGGAUACCCCGGACAAUCCGGUGGUCUUGCAAUCCUGGACAUUCUGACCGGCAAGCGCGCUCCCGCUGGCAGACUUACCGCGACGCAAUAUCCCGCCAAGUACGCGCACCAGUUCCCAGCAACUGACAUGAGUCUCCGACCCAAUGGAAGUAACCCCGGUCAGACCUACAUGUGGUAUACCGGCAAGCCUGUCUUUGAAUUCGGACACGGUCUGUUCUACACGACUUUCAAGGCCUUGGUUAAGAUGAACGAUCGAUCAACCUUCAAGAUCGGCGAUCUUCUCUCCCGCCCCCAUAAGGGAUUCAACGCCGUUGAGCAGGUUCCUUUCAUGAACUACACGGCUGAUAUCAGGAACACUGGCUCUGUCACGUCGGACUACACAGCUAUGGCUUUUGUGAACAGCACUGCUGGCCCAAGCCCACACCCUAUCAAGUGGCUCGUUGGCUUUGAUCGUCUGGGUGAACUGAAGCCGCGCACGUCUCAAACUUUGACUAUCCCCAUCUCAUUGGAUAAUGUUGCACGCACUGAUGUGGACGGAAACCGUGUGAUCUACCCUGGAAACUAUGAGCUUGCAUUGAACAAUGAGCGCUCGGCGAUCGUCAAGUUUAGUUUGACCGGUAACGCUACAACUGUCGCUACGUGGCCAAGGGAGGAGCAGCUUAUCCUGCCUUCUUAG